GCAAACUCCAUAAGAAAAGGGACCAAAACUCAGCCCUGGUUUUUCUCUAUCUCUCUAAACUCUUCAUCUCCCCAAACUCUAUCCCUAAUAUCUCUCUCUAAAACUAGGGUUUCGUUCUGGUGGAAACUAGGGUUUCGGGGUUUUGCUGAGGAUAUAGGUUUUUUUUUUCCGUCGGUCGGCUCUGGUUUGUGAGUCCAGUAGUUUUUCACUGGAAAAUGACGGGAAUUUGGGUUUUCCUGCUUUGAUAUGGAGGUUUUGGAGUUCUGUGGUGUUCGAUUGUUCUAGGUUUUGAGUUUGAGGAAGAGUGCUCAGGUUUUCCUAUUGUUUUGGUGCGGCAUGGGGAUCAGUCUUGAGCAGAUUAAGAAUGAAGCCGUGGAUCUGGAACACAUACCCAUCGAGGAAGUCUUCGAGCAGCUGAAAUGCUCAAAAGAGGGUCUCACUUCAGACGAAGGAGCCAACCGGCUCCAGAUCUUCGGACCCAACAAGCUAGAAGAGAAGAAGGAGAGCAAAAUCCUCAAAUUCCUUGGUUUUAUGUGGAAUCCUUUGUCAUGGGUCAUGGAGAUGGCUGCUUUGAUGGCUAUCGUCUUAGCAAAUGGACAGGGGAAGCCUCCAGAUUGGCAGGACUUUGUGGGUAUUGUAGCGUUGCUUGUUAUCAAUUCAACCAUCAGUUUCAUUGAAGAAAACAACGCUGGCAAUGCUGCAGCUGCUCUCAUGGCUGGCCUUGCGCCAAAAACAAAGGUCCUUAGAGAUGGGAGGUGGAGUGAGCAAGAUGCUGCCAUUCUCGUUCCUGGUGAUAUUAUUAGCAUCAAACUUGGAGACAUUGUCCCUGCUGAUGCUAGGCUUCUCGAGGGUGAUCCAUUAAAGAUCGAUCAAUCUGCUCUCACUGGUGAAUCUCUUCCUGUUACCAAGAGUCCUGGAGAUGAGGUUUUCUCUGGUUCCACCUGCAAGCAAGGGGAGAUUGAAGCUGUGGUCAUUGCCACUGGUGUUCACACCUUCUUUGGAAAAGCUGCUCAUUUGGUGGAUAGCACCAACCAAGUUGGUCAUUUCCAAAAGGUUCUUACAGCCAUUGGCAACUUCUGUAUCUGCUCGAUUGCGAUUGGAAUGAUUGUUGAGAUCAUUGUUAUGUAUCCCAUUCAACGCCGAAGGUACAGAGAUGGAAUUGACAAUCUUUUGGUUCUCUUGAUUGGAGGCAUCCCAAUUGCCAUGCCCACUGUUUUAUCUGUGACCAUGGCCAUUGGUUCACAUAGACUGUCUCAGCAGGGAGCUAUCACAAAAAGAAUGACGGCCAUAGAAGAGAUGGCUGGCAUGGAUGUCCUCUGCAGUGACAAAACGGGAACUCUAACUCUUAACAAACUGAGUGUUGACAAAACUCUCAUUGAGGUCUUUAUUAAGGGUGUGGACAAAGAGCAUGUGAUCUUGCUUGCAGCUAGAGCAUCUAGAACUGAGAAUCAGGAUGCAAUUGAUACUGCCAUAGUUGGGAUGCUUGCUGAUCCUAAAGAGGCUAGGGCUGGUAUUAGAGAGAUUCAUUUUCUACCAUUUAAUCCAGUGGACAAGCGAACUGCUCUCACCUACAUUGAUUCCAAUGGCAAUUGGCAUCGUGCCAGCAAAGGUGCCCCUGAGCAGAUAUUGAGCCUCUGCAACUGCAAGGAAGACGUUAGGAACAAGGUGCACUCUGUGAUUGAUAAAUUUGCAGAGCGUGGGCUUCGUUCUUUGGCUGUUGCUCGACAGGAAGUGCCUGAGCAAACAAAGGAGAGUCCAGGGGCACCAUGGCAGUUUGUUGGUUUAUUGCCGCUGUUUGAUCCUCCUAGACACGACAGUGCGGAAACCAUUCGAAGGGCUCUCAACCUUGGUGUAAAUGUGAAAAUGAUUACUGGGGAUCAGCUUGCUAUUGCUAAAGAGACGGGCCGUCGGCUUGGAAUGGGUACCAAUAUGUACCCCUCCUCCUCAUUGCUUGGCCAAGACAAGGAUGCCUCAAUUGCCGCUCUUCCUAUUGAUGAAUUGAUUGAGAAGGCUGAUGGAUUCGCUGGAGUUUUCCCUGAACAUAAGUAUGAGAUUGUUAGGAGGCUCCAAGAGAGGAAACACAUUUGUGGAAUGACUGGUGAUGGAGUGAAUGAUGCACCUGCUUUGAAGAAGGCAGAUAUUGGAAUUGCUGUUGCUGAUGCUACUGAUGCAGCCAGAGGUGCAUCCGACAUAGUUCUCACAGAACCUGGGCUUAGUGUCAUUAUCAGUGCAGUCUUAACCAGCAGAGCUAUUUUCCAGAGGAUGAAGAACUACACCAUCUAUGCAGUCUCCAUUACAAUUCGAAUUGUGUUGGGUUUCAUGCUAAUUGCAUUGAUAUGGAAAUUCGACUUCUCACCCUUCAUGGUUCUAAUCAUUGCCAUACUUAAUGACGGAACAAUCAUGACAAUCUCAAAGGAUCGCGUGAAGGCAUCCCCCCUGCCUGACAGUUGGAAAUUGAAAGAGAUAUUUGCAACUGGUGUUGUCCUUGGGAGUUAUCUUGCAUUGAUGACUGUUGUUUUCUUCUGGGCUGUGCAUGACACUGAUUUCUUUUCGGAAAAGUUUCAUGUGAGACGAAUAAGGGACAGUGAACAUGAAAUGAUGGCUGCUCUGUACUUACAAGUGAGUAUUGUGAGCCAGGCUCUCAUUUUCGUCACCCGCUCUCGAAGCUGGUCCUUCGUCGAACGACCUGGACUCCUCUUGGUCAGUGCUUUCUUCGUGGCUCAGUUGGUGGCUACCCUUUUGGCAGUUUAUGCAAACUGGGGUUUCGCAAGAGUCAAAGGCAUUGGGUGGGGUUGGGCUGGAGUUAUUUGGAUCUACAGUAUUGUCUUCUACGUGCCACUUGACUUGAUCAAGUUUGCCGUCAAGUACAUUCUAAGUGGAAAAGCUUGGGAUACUCUGCUAGAGAAGAAGACUGCUUUCACUAGUAAGAAAGAUUAUGGAAGAGAGGAGAGAGAAGCUCAGUGGGCUCUUGCUCAACGUACACUGCACGGCCUCCAGCCCCCUGAAGCUUCAAAUCUUUUCAAUGAAAAGAGCAGUUACAGGGAGCUCUCAGAGAUAGCAGAGCAGGCCAAGAGGCGGGCUGAGGUUGCGAGGCUUCGAGAGCUGCACACUCUCAAGGGGCACGUCGAGUCGGUUGUGAAGUUGAAGGGGUUGGAUAUUGAGACAAUUCAGCAACAUUACACCGUGUAAAACACUUUAGACAGGAUUCACAAUCGUGUUAGAGAGAGAGGGAUGGAUUGGAAAAGGGGGAAAAGUGAGAUCCCAUAGGCUAGAAUUAGAUCUUGUUUUGGGGGUGCACUAUAAUGCUUUUAGCUUUUGCUGUGUUAAAAUUUGGCAGUGAGAAGGCGAGGCGCCUAAGGCUGCUGCUUCUAUGUAAAACCAAAUAAUCUGAAGCUGAAAUUUCUAUCUAUUUUUUUUUUCCUCUUUAAAUUGGAUGUAUCUUUGUUUUGGGUUA